AUGAGUCGAACCAAAGACAUGAACAACUGUCUGACCUUGGGUUCUAUUCCCUCAGAGAGUUCCAACCUUCCGUCUUGGGCUCCGGACAACAAUCCUAAAGCUCGCCGAGGGAUCCUGAGGAGAGCGGUGUUCUCGGAGGAGCAGCGGAAAGAACUGGAGAAAACCUUUAGACGACAGAAGUACAUCAGCAAAACAGACAGGAACAGGCUAGCAGCAAACCUCAGCCUGAAGGAAGCACAGGUACGGUGUUAG